AUGAUCAUGUACUGUAUGGUGUUUGUCCUCGGUGUUCCUGGCAAUGGUCUGGUGGUGUGGGUAACCACCUUUGAAAUGAAAAGGACCGUAAAUUCAGUUUGGUUCCUAAACCUGGCAGUGGCAGACCUUCUGUGUUGUUUUGCUGUGCCAUUUUCAAUCAUGUGGAUAGCCCUUGGACACUGGCCACUGGGUCUUUUUGCCUGCAAGACUAUCCCUUCUAUAUUAUUGGUCAACAUGUAUGCUAGUGUCCUCCUCCUCACUAUGAUCAGUAUUGACCGUUGUGCCUUGGUCCUCAAACCUGUGUGGUGCCAAAACAAGAGGACUGUGAAUAAAGCGUAUGUGGCAUGUUUGGUAAUAUGGAUCCUGGCCAUUACUCUGAGCACUCCUUCCUUUGUGUUUCGAAAUACAACUGAGAAGAAUUACAAUAAAGAGGGUUGUGUCUAUGAUUAUUCUUUCCUUAAAGAUCAGAAACAGAAGGUGGAGAAUUUAAUUGCUAUUUUCCGAUUACUGAUGGGUUUUGUCAUCCCAUUUGUGGUCAUUACUGCUUGCUACAGUGUGCUUUUGAGGAGAGUGAGUGGACGAUACACCCAAUCUACUAAGACUGUGAAGAUCAUCCUCAUUGUGAUCAUUGGGUUUUUUUUUUGCUGGCUUCCAUACCAUGUCGCUGGACUCAUCCUAACUGUGCAUAAUAUCAACUCAAACUUAUACACAACAUUUCAAAAUGUGGACACACUUUUCAUUGCACUGGCCUUUGUCAAUAGCUGCAUUAACCCAAUUAUUUAUGUGCUAGCAGGUCGGGAGUUCAAAAGCAAAUUCAAAAGAUCCAUUAAGUUUAUUCUUAAGAAUGCCCUCGCAGAAGAUGUGAGUUCACUUGACUCUAAGAGGUCAAAGUUAGCUAGUGAAACCAAAAACACAGAGGCUGCUGUGUAG